AUGAAAAGCGUUCGAUUAUCGUACAGAAAGAAGUUUGACGAUCAAUAUACAUUUGACCUUCAAAAUAAUCUCACAGUUCAUGAGUUUCACUCUAUUGUUGGUCUUUUUAACCAAGCUGCGCGUUUAAGACCACCGCCCGGUUCAAAAAUAUUUUGGAUUGGAACAUUGCUUACAAUGUGGAUGACUGCUGCUACAACAUUUUAUUUAUCGUGGAUUCGUUUUGAGUAUCCAUACAUUCUUGUUGCAUUACCGGCUUUCAUAAUAACAAGCUCAUUCUUAAUGGCAUGGCUUCAUAGAAGCAGAAGAACAAAGUUUGAACAAAACAUUCUCGAAAUAUGCAGUCGAUUAAACGCAACCGAAAACAUCCGUGGUAUAAAUUUUAGAUUCAAUAAAAACGGCAUUGACGUAACGCCAUUUAGAAUACAAUCAUUAUCAGGUGUAAAAUCAGUUUAUGCUAUUGAUAUAGAGUUUGAUGACCGAUAUAAUGCCUUAACAAGCCGUCAAUUCAACCGACGCUCACCAUCAGAAGAUGAAGUUAGUUAUAUUCUUCCACCCAAAUCAGCUUACUUCAAUCGCCAUUGUACAGAUGAAAAGGAUCCAAACUGUAUGUUUCAAGAUCCACCACCAUCGUGGUCUCCUCCGUAUAGCGAAAAACGAAUCGACAGGAUGGCUUAGAGCAACUAAUCUGUUUCUUAAUGUAUACUAGCUUUACC